CCAAGUUCCCAUACAGUACGUUCCCAUACAACUGAUUCCAAUACCAGGGCCAUUUGCCAACUGCAUGACAUUAUUCUACGAUAUCCCCAACUCAUAUCCUUCUUUCUCUGCUCUGUUCCUGCUGGCAUGGAGAGAGCAUGACUUUGCGCAACAACAUAAGUGAUCGCAGCCGUCACACCCACUUCCUUCACGCACGACGAUUGACCCAAUUUUAAAGAUCAGACGCCCUCAUCCACCCCUGUUACCGAACUCCAGGCACCGUCUGCCUGUGUACAAGAACUACUUAGGAGCCUGGUGUCUGGGUCCGCGAAGAACAAGACCAAAGCCCAAAAGGGCUGAGCCGAACCGUGCCUGCGGCCUAUUACUCAACAACCCCUACCGAUCGCAUCCCGCCUUGCUCGAUGCACGUCCAGUGACAUCCACCCCGUCUUCAAGGCUGUUCAUCAUCUGCUAUCUCUUGACUGAGCAUGGCAGCCUAUGGUGCGCCGGACCCUCGCUAUCAUGGUGCUCGCGCCACGAGUCAUAGCGGCUCAGCCGACCAUCAAAGAGAUGCUGCGUUCCAUAACAUCUUCGGAGGUGCGCCGCCUCCUGGAAGAUCUCAGACUAUGACGACUCAGUCUGCAAACAUGAUGUACGAUCGCAGCCCAAGCAUGAGCUCGGCGACACAGGCUCCACACACAAUGUCUAUGAGGCAGGGGCCUCCGGCACCGAUUCGACACAUGCCUCCAACUUAUGAUCGGACAAACGGCAUAGCACCCGGACAGCCAUACAUGAAUGGCAUGGUUGGGCCGAGGGUAGGGCCGCACAACCCUGCACCUACGUUUCCAGAUCGCAGACCCUAUCCUCCACCUCAGCGAAUCGAUCCUCGGACAGGAGGACCGCCAUCUAUGCCCAUCGGGCCAUAUGAUCGUAAGCCAGUACCGAAUCGUAUGCCGCCACCGGCGCUCAACAAUGAUGGGUACCGCUCGCGUUCCAUGGUAAGACCUGGGGAGCCUACGAUGGGUUAUACUAGGACACCUCCGAGCAGUUUCCAACAGGGAACCGCCGGGGCCUUCAGACAACAGCCAUAUGCAGCAAUGGGGCCGUCGAGGACGACAGCACAAGGCAGGCAUAUACCCGAACGGCCAGAUGAUAAUAGAGCAAUGUCUAUGGGGUCAUACUCCUUGGAUCGUGACCAGACACAACAUCUGACAAGUGGAAGAGUUGUACCUGGGCGUUUGCGUGAACCAGAGUCAGACCCCUUUGCCGAUCGGACUUCUCUGAACGGCUCUUUCAGCUCAUCCACCUCACCCGGCUACAGCCAAGUGCCGCAAUCCCGUCGCCCGAGUGAAAUGAAUGGUCCUGCACGCGCCGUAUCUGCGGCCUCUGCCACCUCUGCAACCUCAGUUUCGUCUGACUUGACCAAUACCACCAUGAAUGGAUCCCGAAGCGAUAGCAUGAGGAACCGACCCACACCCACGGCUCACUCAUCAAACCAGAGUCAGUCGACGGCGGUUGUCCAACGAAAGUCGCCUCUGGUCUAUCCUGCCCUUCUUUCGCGUGUGGCCAGUGCAUUCCAGGAAAGAAUCGGUGUGGGCGACCGCACCAAGAACGAUCUUUCUUACAAAAAUGCCUUCACGGGUGCGGAGGCCGUUGACCUAAUUGCUUACAUCAUCAAGACAACCGACCGCAACCUGGCUCUCCUUUUGGGCCGAGCGCUCGAUGCUCAGAAGUUCUUCCACGAUGUCACUUACGAGCACCGCCUGAGAGAUGCUCCUGGAGAAGUUUACCAGUUUCGCGAGACGAUGGGGGAAGAGGCGUCGUCCAAAGAUGUUAACGGUGUUUUCACACUGCUGACGGAAUGCUAUUCCCCGACCUGUACCAAAGAUCAGCUCUGUUACUCCAUUGCUUGCCCUAGGCGACUUGAACAGCAGGCCCGGCUGAAUCUGAGACCUCAGCCUGGACUGCGACACUCAAACUCCAGGGGUAGUUUACAUGGAGAUGACGACCAGGAACAAAAACUGUGGAUCAACAGCGUGCCCAAGGAGGUCGCGGAUAAACUGGAUGACCGAGAAAAGAAGAGACAAGAGGUCAUCUCCGAGAUAAUGUAUACCGAGCGAGAUUUCGUCAAAGACUUGGAGUACCUGAGAGACUUCUGGAUAAGACCGCUUCGCGGGUCUGGUCCGGGACCGUCCCCGAUCAAAGAGGAAAAGAGAGAAAAGUUUGUCCGCACAGUGUUUGGCAACUGCCUCGAGGUUCUUGCUGUCAAUGGGAGAUUCGCCGAGGAAUUGUCCAAGAGGCAAAAGGAGCAGCAUGUGGUCCACACCAUCGGUGAUGUCUUCUUGAAAUGGGUGCCUCAAUUCGACCCGUUCAUCAAAUACGGCGCGAAUCAAAUGUACGGUAAGUACGAAUUUGAGAAGGAGAAGGGAGCAAACCCGGCCUUUGCGCGCUUCGUGGACGAAACCGAGCGACUCAAGGAAUCAAGGAAGCUGGAACUGAACGGUUACCUGACCAAGCCGACCACGCGGCUGGCCAGAUAUCCACUUCUUCUUGACAACGUCUUGAAGUACACCAAAGACGACAACCCUGACAAAAAGGACAUACCCAAAGCUAUUGGCCUCAUCAAGGAUUUCCUGGCCCGUGUCAAUGCCGAAAGUGGCAAAGCCGAGAAUCACUUCAAUCUCCUCCAACUCAACCAACAGUUGAAGUGGAACCCAGGAGAAUACACGGAUCUCAAAUUGACGGAAGAGAACCGGGUGAUCCUCACCAAGAUGAGUUUCAAGAAGAGUCCCACAGACACUGCCGAAGUGCAGGUGUAUCUUUUCGACCAUGCGGUGCUUAUGUGUCGAGUCAAGAAUGUGAACAAGCGAGAAGAGCUUCGAGUGUACCGAAAGCCGAUUCCAUUGGAGCUCCUAGUCAUUGCCGAAAUGGACCAAGUAAUUCCACGUCUGGGAAUUGCGAAACGGCCCUCAUCUAGCCUGAUCCCUGGGGCCAAAUCCUCCACGUCCAGUGCACCGGGCCAGAAAGAGGUGUACCCGAUAACAUUCCGUCAUCUCGGAAAGGGAGCCUACGAGCUGCAGCUCUACGCCACGUCGAUCACGCAACGUAAGAAGUUCAUUGAGUUGGUGGAGGAACAACAACGGAAACUCCGAGAGCGAAGCAGCAAUUUCUACACCAAAACGAUUCUGUGUGAAGGGUUCUUCAAUGCUCAAAACCGGGUCAACUGUCUUGUGCCAACUGAUGGAGGUCGCAAGCUGAUUUAUGGGACGGACAAUGGGAUUUACAUUGCUGACCGUUGGCCCAAGGACAAGUCAAGCAAGCCGAAACGUAUUCUAGAUGCGACCCAAGUUUCCCAAAUUGAUACCCUUGAAGAAUAUCGACUUCUUCUGGUACUGUCGAACAAGACUCUCACCUCUUAUCCAUUCGAGGCAUUGGAUGCCAAUAACCAGAACCCUCUCGCCACUCGGCCGCGCAAGAUCCAGGGGCAUGCCAAUUUCUUCAAGGCGGGCAUUGGCUUGGGAAGACAUCUAGUGUGCUCAGUCAAGACAUCAGCGCUUUCGACCACCAUCAAGGUGUACGAACCCAUGGACGAUCUUACUAAGGGUAAGAAGAAGCCUACCAUCAGCAAGAUGUUCGCCAGUGGGCAGGAUGCUCUCAAGCCGUUCAAGGAAUUUUACAUACCCGCAGAGUCCACGUCUGUGCAUUAUCUCCGGUCGACACUAUGUGUGGGCUGUGCACGAGGUUUCGAGGUGGUAUCCUUGGAGACCACUGAACGGCAGUCUCUGUUAGAUCAGGCAGACACGUCGCUGGACUUUGUCACUCGCAAAGAAAACGUCAAGCCUAUCCACAUUGAGCGGUUGAACGGCGAAUUCCUGCUCAACUACUCGGAUUUUAGCUUCUUUGUCAAUAGAAAUGGCUGGCGAGCCCGGCCGGACUGGAAAAUCACCUGGGAGGGCACGCCACAGGCGUUCGCGUUGAAUUACCCCUACAUUCUCGCGUUCGAACCCAGCUUUAUCGAGAUUAGGCAUAUUGAGACGAGCGAAUUGAUUCACGUCAUGACGGGCAAGAAUGUCAGAAUGCUUCAUUCGAGCACACGAGAGAUUUUGUACGCAUACGAAGACGAAAAUGGCGAGGAUGUCAUUGCUAGUCUUGAUUUCUGGACCCAGGCACAAGUUUGAGGAGGGAUGAAUGUCCAGGGGUUCAAGUCAAGUUUGGAAAGUCUCGGGGGGCCAGAGAGGAUCUAAUUCCGUUUAAACGCCCUUUUGCCUUGUGGAAGGCAGGGCAAGGGAUGACGCUUUGCCAGCUUGCUUCACUGUGAGUUCAUCGUCAAAAACAAUACAUGCUUGGAGAGAACAUGAACUGUCAGUUUGCGCGCCACCCAUAUUGCAUGCAUGUCAUCGCGCCAAUUCGGCUUCACCCAAGGGGCAAGGGAGGGGAAAGCAAGACAACAAACGUGUGACGAUGUAAGCUUGCAAACAGACUAGACCAGGCCAGGGCUCGGAGUGCGAGGAAGGAAAGGAAGCUGCGGCAGUCCUGCCAGCCGAGCGAUCCCUUGACUGAACCUGGCACUCUUAGAUCCUAAGCCUAGGUUAGGGCUGCGGGCCGCGCGGUGGGAGUGCAAGUUGCGUUUGUCCAUCUCGUUCGCAGAGCAGAAAUGCGGAUUUUCUUGAUUUUGUUUCACUUUCACUUCUUACUACCUAUCUACCUACCUACCUACUAGGUACCUUGGAGCAUCUACCUACGUUGUUGGUCCUUGCUGGCCUGUGUCUGGGUUGGGUCGGGUUGGGCCGGGGGCGAGGCCGAAGCUGCAAAGAAUUUACGCAAGCGAGAGAAUCGAGAAUACGAGGAAUCAAAGUCAGGACACGAACUUGGAAUGGAAUCGAAUUGAAUGAUGAAGCCCAAUUUUGGACUUAAAGUACAAACAACAUUGUAGUGAUUGUCAAACAUUGAAUCUCCAGUACCGGUCCACGAUCCACGACCCAGCCUCCAAGUUGUGUGUGUGAAACCUCCUCCUGAGGACUACCUAUGUACAGUAUGAUCUGCUUAACGAACUUAUAACUUGAA